AUGGCACCAGCUGUGAAGCAAAUCACUAUUUUUGGCGCCACGGGGCUUCAGGGCAGCUCGGUGGUGCAUUCUUUGCUGAGGGACCAAACGUCCAAUUUUAAGGUUCGGGCCAUUACCCGAGAUCCUCUCUCUGACAAAAGUCAGGUCUUGCAGAGCUUGGGGGUGGAGGUCGUCAGGGCCGAUGGCUGGAGGGCCCAUGAGAUCCAGGAAGCCUGUUCAGGCUCCUGGGCGGCAUUUGUGAAUACCAACUCGGAUGAUCCGAUCUUUCAAAACCCGGACGGACCUACUGAAUUCGACUUGGGCAAAUCCAUUGUCGAUGGUAUCGUAGCAGCCAACGUAAGGAUCCUGGUUCUCAGCUCGAUGAGACCCGCAGCGGAAGCCACAGGAGGGAAGAUGCAUAUUAAGACCAUGGACAUGAAGGCUCGCAUCGAAGAGUAUGCCAGAGGAACGGGUUGUUUUGAUGCGGUCUGUUCCAUCCACGCCGGAUGGUACUAUGAGCUUUUUCUUUCCGACAUUAUGGCCCAGGUACACCAGGGGUUUCCAUACUACCCUGAUGCCGAGGGCUUCUUGAGUCUGCAUCUUCCCCGGUGGGGAGACAAUGACGCGGCUCCAUUUAUCGCCAUUGCGGAUGACUUUGGUGACCUGGUGCACGGAAUCCUGCUCGAUCCCCACAAAUGGAAGGACCAGAACAUUCAAGCUGUCAGUGAGGCUCGAUCGUUGGAAGAAUUCGUGGCCAUCUUCUCCAAAGCAACUGGGAAGAAAGCACGAUACGUGCCUUUGCCCUCAUGGAAGUCAUUGGGGGAGGGAGUUGCGGAGAUGGAGGACGCUCGGUUACUGUUUGCCUAUGGAGAGCUUACUGGGGGUCGUUAUUUCGGAGUGGAACCUUCGUCCACCGCUACAGCACGGAAACUGAAGAAACUAGCAGCGACUGCCCAGGGGAAAGACGGAGCCAGCGCGGAACUAACUUCAUUGGCCUCAUUCUUUGCCGCGAAUUUUGGCCCGAGCUCGAAAUAA